UCCACACCAGAAGUCAGAAAGUCAAAUUACCGAGGGGGUCCUCACACUGAGGUUUCGACUUAUCCAGGCUUUCUGCGUCUUUUUUAAUCCACCCACAGCUGAAAAGUGUAAAUAAGUCAGUUCAUUAUUUGAAUCUGUAACUAUCUGAAGUUGUUUUGUUGUUCUAGAGGAGGUUUCCUUUGGGUUUUUUGGACUUCUCGGCGCCUUUUCUCCGGUCGUUUGUAAGCGUCCCGCUGCGCACCUGAAUACUAGACAUGCCUUUUACGCGCCUCGGCUGCUGAGUGUCGGCAGCAUGAACCGGCGACACAAAGCGUCCGUGGCUGUGAAAGCGCUGUGCCUGUCUGGAAUGGCCCAAGCUCAGGUGUGAUUACAGAGGGAGGAGAGGUGGUGGUGGAGCCGAUGUGGGCGCUCCGAGGAGCCGUUGGCUGGGAUCUGACGGAGCGCAGGAGCCUGGGAUGCGAGAGAAACCCGAACCUUAGAGAGACUAUCUCCGGCGUCUGUUACCUGGACUCCUCACGGGCAGCCGGGAGUCAUGGCCUCUGAAGUGGCGUGCGGACUGAUCUUCAGGUUUCUGCUGCCGCUAUGUCUUGCAGCUGCUUGCCUGUUCAGGUACAAUGUCCUGUCCUUCAUCUACCUCAUCUAUCUCCUGCUUAUCCCACUCUUCCCGGAGCCCACGUGCACAACGAUGCAAGGCCACACAGGAUGUUUGCUGCAGUCCCUCUGCUUCACCAGUAUGUCCUUUCUGCUGCUCCACAUCAUCUAUCAGAUUACCGUCAACAGCCUCUUGGCCGGGAACUCCAUCUCCUCCAACUUCAGCUGUUCAUCGUGGGAGAGAUCCAUUCGACAGAUCGGCUUCGAGAGCGUGAUCGGCGCAGACGCAGGGAACGGCAUCCGGGUGUUCAUCCCCGACAUCGGCAUGUUCGUGGCCGGCCUGGCCAUCUGGCUGGUGUGUCGCAGUCUGGUCCAGAAGAGGCCACCUGAGGACAUGGCCCUGGACAACGCAGACUUCGAGGCAGAGGAAGAAGAUGAGGAGGAGAAACCCAGCCUUGAUGACGACGACAUUCUGCUGGAGGAGGACCUGGAGGCUGGCUACGAGGCAGAGGAGGACGAAGACAACGAGGAGCUUUAUGGAGACGAGGAGGAAGAGUACGAGGAAGAAGAGGAGGAGGCGAGAGAGAGUACAAAGAUGAAGAUUCUGCGAAUGGUGGCGGAGGUGGCUUCCAAAGUGAAGGAGGUCAUCGGGAACUUGAUCACCACAGCGGGGAAGGUGGUGGUCACUGUACUGUUGGGCAUGACAGGGAUCAUGCUGCCCUCGCUGACCUCUUUUGUUUACUUCUCCAUCUUCCUGUUCCUGUGCACCUGGUGGUCUCUCCGCCGGACCUUCAACACGCUCAUCUUCAGCUGCAUGUGCGUCCUGAUGGCCAUCUUCAGCGCUGGCCAUCUCAUAGUCCUCUACCUGUACCAGUUCCAGUUCUUUCAGGAUUCCAUCCAUCCAGAGGACAGCUACAUCAGAGUUUUUGGCAUCUCUCCCAUUGUUCAGACCAACUGCUCCUUCACGUGGAAGCUCAUCGUGCGCCCGGAGCGUAAGUGGCACCACUUUGUCAAUCCCAUCAUGCUGCUGAUUCUCUAUUACACCCUGGCCACACUCAUCCGCCUCUGGCUGCAGGAGCCCAUCGACCAGCUGAUGGACAAGGAAGACGAUGUGAACGAGGAAGAGGAGCAUAGCGGAAGCAGAGUGAAUAACUCUGCCAACAGGAAGAGGCAGAUGUGGUGGGAAUCUCGACAGGGCACGGAUGAGAAAAAUCUCCUCUCCACCCAGGAUGGCAUCAGUACUACUGAGGCCAUCCCAACCUCCAAUGGGACGUCCUUUGACUUCGUCGCUACCGAAAACGGACAGGUGUGUCUGGACCUGUACUCGACCCCCCAGUAUAAACCGGACAAACCCACUGACGGUACAGAGAAGAAAGAAGAGUGUGUGUAUGAAGUGAGCUUGCCCCCAGAGGAUUCAGGACAAAAAGAGUCCGAAGAUGAAGAAAACGACAUUAAGAAAAAAGGCGUUGGUGCAAUGGUUAAAAUCUUCCACUUCAUCAUGAAGCAGAGCUACAUCUGCGCUCUCAUUGCCAUGAUGACAUGGAGCAUCACCUACGUCAGCUGGCAGACGUUCGUCUUCCUCAUGUGGUCCUGCAUUCUGUGGAUGGUGCGGGAUCGGCGGCGUUACGCCAUGCUGUCGUCUCCCUUCAUGGUUGCCUAUGGCAACCUGGUCAUAGUGCUCCAGUACAUCGGGAGCUUUGAGACAAUGAAACCGGUUCCGGGUUUUAUCGUGGCGAAGAACAACCUGUUCCACUCGCUAUCGUCCAAGAUGAUGUGUCUGGUGACCUUCUGGUUGCUGCUCAGACAAACACUCACAGAGAGAGAAGAGAAGACAAAAGAAGACAACGCAGGUCUCUCCGACGUCUAUGUGGAGGAUCAGAAGAAGAAGGGUGCGCUCAGAGCUCUUUGUUUAGAUUAUAGUAAUCUAAAGCACGGGUCAAGUUUAAAAGGAUGUGUCCUCAUCCAGAAGUGUGUGUGUUCUCUUUCAGAGGAGGAGCAAUCCGAGGAGGGGGGCGAGCAGGACAUCAUGCAUGUUCUUGGUAACUUGAUGAUGAGCAUGUUGGUCAAAUACUGGAUCUACAUCUGUGGUGGGAUGUUCUUCUUCGUCAGCUUUGAGGGAGACAUCGUCAUGUACAAGAUCAUCUACAUGAUGAUGUUACUGUUCUGCGUGGCUCUCUACCAGGUGCACUAUGAGUGGUGGAGGAGGAUCCUGAAGUACUUUUGGAUGACAGUGGUUAUAUACACCAUGCUGGUCCUCACCAUCGUCUACACCUUCCAGUUUGAGCGCUCUGAAGGGUUCUGGGUUGGAAUGCUGAACAUAAAAAAUGAGAGCUUGAAGGAUCUGGGCUUGGAGCGGUUUUCCUUGUCCACGCUGUUCACCAGGAUUUUCAUCCCCACCUCCUUCCUGCUGGUGUGCAAUCUCCACCUGCACUACUUCCACGACCGCUUUCUGCAGCUCACCGACCUCCAGGCCGUCGUGGCCAAAGAGGAAAGCACCAUCUACAGAUUGGUGGACCAGGAUGGAAGUCUGGCAGACCUCACCAUGCUUAGUGGCAGCUCAGUGGAUGCUGCGCUGCCCAAAGAAAAGGAGGCGCAGCAGGAGGAGCAGGAAGGUUGGGACUCAGAGAGAGAGAAGAAGCAGGCCCUGGUGGCGGUGAUGGAUACAGACACCCACAUGACAAGAGAGAAACCCAGGAGCUUCUCAGACCAGCGCCAGUCCAGCACUGAGGAGAGCCAACACUGCAGCGCUGCAACCGAACCGGAACCGAGCACAGAGCAGAGUUCUGGUCUGAAGAAUAAAUGGCACCUGGUGGUCGACCGACUCACGGUGCUCUUCCUCAAGUUCCUGGAGUAUUUCCACAAACUCCAGCUGUUCAUCUGGUGGUUACUGGAGAUCCACAUCAUCAAGAUUGUGUCGUGUUACAUCAUCAUGGUCACCAUCUACGAGGUGUCUUUGCUCAACUAUGUGUUCCUGGCGACCUGGGCUUUUGCGCUGCCCUACAGCAAGUACCGACCCCUUGCCUCUAUUGUUUGUACUGUCUGGACGUGUGUCAUCAUUGUAUGCAAAAUGCUUUACCAGCUGAAGUCAAUAAGUCCCGCUCCGUACAACUGCACUAUGGACAGCCGGUACGAACCGAAACAGAAAGAAGAGUUGGCUGGCUCUCUGCUGUACAGCGACAAAAAAGGCGAUCCUGGUAACUGGGUGGGCCUGCGCAAGUCAACUGACCUGCUGGGAUACCUCCGGUACAACCUGUUGAUGCUGGCGCUGCUGGCCUUUGAGGUGACCAUUUACCGACAUCAAGAGUACUUCAGGCUGAGGAACAAACUGUUGCCUCCAGCUGCUAGGAUCAUCUUCCAUGACAUCACGCGGCAACACCUGGACAUCGGCAUCAUCUGCUUCAUCAAGUACUUCAUCAACUACUUCUUCUAUAAGUUUGGACUUGAGACUUGCUUGCUGCUGGUGGUGAACGUCAUCGGCCAGCGCAUGGACUUCUACGCCAUGCUUCACGCCUUUGCCUUGAUAGCGGUCAUGUACAGACGUCGAAGGAAAGCCAUCGCUGAGAUCUGGUCAAAGUACUGCUUCUUCCUGGCCAGCAUGCUGACGCUCCAGUACUUUAUCUGCAUCGGGAUCCCGCCUGCUGCUUGUAAAGAAUAUCCCUGGAGGCUUCCAGGCUCCUAUACAGACUCCAAUGUGAUCAAGUGGCUCUACAUCCCAGAUUUCCUAAUGAGACCCAAUCCAAACUUCCUUAUUUACGACUUCAUGCUGCUGCUCUGCGCCUCUCUUCAGAGGCAGAUCUUUGAUGAUGAAAACAAGGCAGCAGUCCGCCUCAUGGCCGGAGACAAUGUAGAGAUCUGCAGAGACCUGGACGCAGCCUCCUUUAGCGUUCACAACCCUGUACCUGACUUCAUCCACUGCAGGUCUUACCUGGACAUGUUGAAGGUCAUCAUGUUCAGCUACCUGUUCUGGUUCGUCCUCACCAUCAUCUUCUUCACCGGGACCACACGGAUCAGCGUCUUCUGCAUGGGCUACCUCGUGGCUUGCUUCUAUUUCCUGCUCUUUGGGGGCAACUUGUUGCUGAAGCCGAUUAAAAAGAUCCUCCACUACUGGGACUUCCUGAUUGCCUACAACAUCUUUGUGAUCACCAUGAAGAACAUUUUGUCAAUCCUGGCGUGUGGCUACAUCACCUCUUUGGUGAAGAAUCACUGCUGGUUAAUCCAGUUCUUUAGUCUGGCUUGCACCAUCAAGGGUUACAACACCACACUGGACAUAGAUAGCAGAAAGUCCUGCGAGCUGCCCAAAGAUGAGGCGGGGAUCAUCUGGGACAGCAUCUGCUUUGCCUUCCUGCUACUGCAGAGACGAGUCUUCAUGAGCUACUACUUCCUCCACGUGGUGGCAGAUAUCAGGGCGUCACAGAUCCUCGCCUCCAGAGGAGCGGAGCUUUUCCAGGCCACCAUCGUGAAGGCGGUGAAAGCUCGACUGGAGGAGGAGCGUAAAUCUGUGGAGCAGCUGAAGAGACAGAUGGACCGCAUUAAGGUGAGGCAGCAAAAGUUUAAGAGGGGCAAGGAGAAGAUGCUGAGCCUGGCGCAGGAGUCCGUGGACGGACAGACCGCCGCCGUCCAGGACGAGGACGAUGAUGACGGAGCACAACGAACGAAAGCCAAGACCAAAAAAAAGCAGUGGUGGAGGCCGUGGGUUGACCAUGCUUCCAUGGUUAGAAGUGGAGACUAUUACUUGUUUGAAACUGACAGUGAGGAGGAAGAGGAGGAGGAGGAGAAACAGGAUGAAGAGCCACCUAAGAAGUCGGCAUUCCAGCGAGCAAUCGGAAAGUUUGUCUCUGCUGUCCUGGCUUUACCCAAGUCAAUCAUUAGGCUUCCUAAAACAGUGCUGCAGUAUGUAGUGAAGGCAGGAAAGUUUCUUUAUCAAGCUUGGAUCACCGACCCAAAAGCUGCACUCAAGGCCCGAAGCAAAGACAAACGCAAAUUCUGGAAGAAAUACACAAAGAGAGUGAGAAACAGGAAAACCAACAAGGACGCAGCUCAUGUAGCAAUAGAAGUGGGAGAUCUGUCUGAUGGACAAGAAAAAGGAGAGGAGAGCAAGAAGUCUGCAGGUCCAGACAACAUCAUCAAGCGGGUGUUUAACAUCAUAAAGUUCACCUGGGUGCUCUUCCAGACGACGGUGGAGAGCUUCACCAACUGGAUGAACGACAUGUGCAGGGAGUACAUUGACAUCUCCACGGUGCUCUGCAUCGAGCGGUGCAUGCUGACGCGCGAGGUCAAAAAGGGGAACGUUCCGUCCAGAGAGAGCAUCCACGUCUACUACCAGAAGGCCAUGAAGCUGAACAUCUCCAGGCAGGCCAGCAUCGAUCAGCUGAGCGAGGACGAGUCCGUUUCAGGGUCCACGAAGGUCCGCAAGAGACGAGGAGGAUACCGGAUGGAGAGCCAGGACUCCACGGCCUCCAGAGACAGCUUCUCAAGUGGCUGCACUGAGGCCACCACACUGAUGUCUCGCCAGUCCACUCUGGAAGACAUGGACGCAAUGCCAGAGCACAUUCCCAAAACCAGUGAGCGUCCCAGACCCAAACUGAGAAAAAUAUACAGCAUGGACUUGUCCAACUCCUCGGAGGACAAUGGCAGCAGCUUCAUGUCCAGCGAAACGACUGAGUGCAUCGUAAUCUACUCAAGACAGGGCACCAAUGACACCAUAGAAGAAGUAGAGGAUGAGCAGGAUCAAGGAGAAGACAACCAGCGGGUGGAGUCCCAACAGUUGGGGGAAAGUCAGGAUGCUGGGGAACACCAGUGUAGUGAUGGAGAACCCAGGGAGAAAGAACUAGAGGAGGAGAGAGAGGAUGAGGAGGAAGAGGGGCAUCAGGGUGACGAGGAUGAGGAGACUGUGAAGGAACCGCGGGUAGAAGAAUUAACAGAAGACCAGGAAGGAGACGGAGCUUCGUGGGAGCCCUUAAGCCCCGAUGAGGGCCUCUCCUCAAAGGUGGAAGAGGCAGAAUCUGCUCCUUCUGGUCAGGAGAAUGACUUAUUUAUCGAGAGUGAAGACGGUGGAGGACAGAAGGACUUUAUGCUGACAGAAGGUCGUCCUGGAAUGCUUUACACCCCUGAUACGGAUGCCUCCAAAACAUCUGAUGCUGAAGUGCCACCCAGCUACAGCAAGGCGGUCAGCUUUGACCGUUUGGAGAUCAGCGACGAUGACAGCGACACCAGCAGAAGGAGGCGCAUGAUCAUGACGUCCGACAGCCGCUCAGACAGCAGGUCGGACAUCAUGUUGCCCUCUAUGACCACUGAGCUGACUGCCAGCGAACUGCUGCUCAACAAGAUGUUUUACGACGAGGAGCUGGAGCAGUCGGAUAAAUUCUACCGCAACCAGCCUCUGAUCCUGCAGUUUUGCUACGCCCUCUACAACAUGCUGGUGGCUCACUCAGAGUUUGUUUGCUACCUGGUCAUCAUCAUCAACCACAUGGUGUCAGCCUCUUUCAUUACCCUGGUUCUUCCCAUCACCAUCUUCCUCUGGGCCAUGCUGUCAGUACCACGGCCCAGUAAGUGCUACUGGAUGACUGCCAUCAUCUAUACUGAGGUCACCAUCGUCAUCAAGUACUUUUUCCAGUUUGGCUUCUUCCCCUUUAACCAGGACAUGAUAAACAAGAACCAACCGUACCAUCCUCCCAACAUCAUUGGUGUGGAGAAGAAAGAUGGUUACGUUCACUACGACCUGGUCCAGUUACUGGCUCUUUUCUUCCAUAGGUCCAUCCUCAAGUGCCACGGUCUGUGGGACGAGGACGACCCCAAAUUAAGAAAAGAAGAGGCCGCUCGUCAGAGUAAAUCUGAGGAUGAGAGAAGAGAGAGAGAGGAGAGUGAGAAAGAGUCUGAACCCGACUCGUCUCUGAUCAGCCAGAGGAGAGGCUCCACUCACACUCUGAGGUCUCUGAACUUUGGGACUUCUGUGGAUUCAGGACAGGUUCAGGUCCAGUACCCACAGCCUCAGACCUACCAGAGACGCAAGAGCUCCAGUGGAGGCUCCUCACAUGUUUCCCAUCAAUCGCGCCUUUCUGCUGCUAGAUCUAAGCGAGGAAGUACCGCUUCCCGCAACAGCAGCUGCAAGGAGGGCAGCCUGGCCAGCAUACACCAAAAGACAAAGAAGCAGAUGAUCGUAGAGAAACUGAGGGAGCAGCUCUUCAAAGCAAGAGCUUUCAUCAUAAAGCGGUUUUUGGAGAUCUACCUCCCCAUGAAGCAGUUCUUCUAUAACUUGAUCCAUCCGGACUACAGCGCCGUCACAGACGUCUACGUUCUGAUGUUCCUCUCCGACACCGUUGACUUUAUUAUCAUUGUGUUCGGAUUCUGGGCUUUUGGUAAACACUCAGCGGCAGACAUCACGUCGUCGCUGUCGGAGGAUCAGGUGCCGGGACCCUUUCUGGUCAUGGUUCUAAUCCAGUUUGGCACCAUGGUGGUGGACCGAGCCCUUUACCUCAGAAAAACUGUCACGGGCAAGGUUAUCUUCCAGGUGAUCUUGGUGUUUGGGAUCCACUUCUGGAUGUUCUUUAUCCUGCCAAGUGUCACAGAAAAGCGUUUCAGUGAGAAUAAGGUCGCUCAGAUGUGGUAUUUUGUCAAGUGCAUCUACUUUGGGCUGUCGGCCUAUCAGAUCCGCUGCGGUUACCCCACCCGCGUUCUGGGAAACUUCCUCACCAAGAGCUACAAUUAUGUCAACCUCUUCCUGUUUCAAGGUUUUCGCCUCAUCCCUUUUCUGACGGAGCUGCGAGCGGUCAUGGACUGGGUUUGGACCGACACUUCUCUGUCCCUGUCCAGUUGGAUCUGUGUGGAGGACAUAUAUGCUCACAUCUUCAUCCUGAAAUGCUGGAGGGAAUCUGAGAAGAGGUACCCCCAGCCACGAGGCCAGAAGAAGAAGAAGGUAGUAAAGUACGGGAUGGGCGGAAUGAUCGUGAUGCUGCUCAUCUGUAUCGUCUGGUUCCCGCUACUCUUCAUGUCUCUGGUGAAAUCGGUCGCCGGGGUCGUCAACGCUCCGCUGGACGUGUCUGUCAAAAUCACCCUGGCUGGAUUUCAGCCCAUCUUCACCAUGAGUGCUCAACAAAAACAACUUCAAACUGUGACUGAAGACCAGUUUAUGAAGUUUAAGAGGAUAUUUUCAGAUUCUGAUGCAGCCAUGGAGUGGCUGGAGAGCUACUUCCCAGAGGAUCUAAUCAUCGCUGACCUGAAAGGCAGCUCUAACUCCCUGUGGACCAUCAGUCCCCCCAGCAGAGACACCCUGAUCGAAAUGUUGAAGUCGAAGGAGGAAUUCCCCAUCUCCGUGUCCUGGACUGUUCAAAGGAAUUUUACUCUUGGUGCCAAAGCUGAAACGGCAUCUGGAAAAAAUGUUAAAGCUCUAGAUGAGGCAACUAAACGGGCUCUGGUUGAGAUUCUAAGUGGGAACGGGAGCCGUUCGAACGUAACCAUUGAAAAAAUCAUUCCGCGAUACAUCCGAGCUCCCAGCGACUCUGAGGCCACACCUGUUGAGCAGCUUGGUGAAAAUAUGAUUGACAUAAAUCUGCACCUGGAAAGAGCCACAAAUGUAUCGGAUCAAGUUCAGGAGUGGUGGACCGUCAACCAGACGGUGCCGGGCCUGAUGGAUCACAUGGUAAAACCCACAAACAGGACAGACGCGGAGGUGGGUCUGCAGAUCUACAUCUUCAGCGACCAAGUCAGCCCACCUAGUUUGGGCUUCCUGGCUGGAUACGGGAUCAUGGGUCUGUACGCCUCCGUUGUCCUGGUCAUUGGGAAGUUCGUUCGUGAGUUCUUCAGUGGCAUCUCCCACAACAUCAUGUUCGAGGAGCUGCCCAACGUGGACCGCAUCCUCAAGCUCUGCACCGACAUCUUCCUGGUCCGAGAGACGGGUGAGCUGGACCUGGAGGAGGACAUGUACUCUAAACUCAUUUUCCUUUACCGUUCGCCAGAGACUAUGAUCAAGUGGACCCGUGAGAAAACUCAGUGAAGGGUGGGAACACCGUGUGGUCGCUUUUACAUCUGCUCCCAAAGCAGCAAGUCUGUCCUCCUCAGCUGAGCCCAGGUGACAGAAACUGGUACUUUUUACCAGUUGAAGAGAAAAAGCAACAAUAGAGGCAGUCUCAUUUAUUAAAACUGAGCACAACCUUGCAGCUGCUUUCCUAAGACACGAUAAAACUACUGUAAACUUGAGAUUUUUAAACCCUUUUGCUGCUCUUCAGACCUCCCAGGUCGAGAGAGGCAGGAAGUGGCUGCAGCAUCACUGUUUUAAGGGCUUCCCACUGACUGUUUCGGUGCACAACCAGACGAGCACAAAUCAGACUUUCUCCUACUGGAACCUUUGGAUCAUGGGACGGUGCAAUACUGAGGGUCCUCCGAGGGUUUUGAAGGAAGGAAGCACACACACCCAUACACACGUAUGACCAAGAAACUUUGUUCUUCUAAAGGUCAGGGGCACUCGAAAAGUGGAAAACAUGAUCUUGCCUUAUUUUAUUUGUUAGAGGACUAUUCUGAAUUACACAUCUUUCUCAGGAAGAGCUGUUUUCACAGAUAUUCAUUGUAUUUAUCACCACAUGUAGGCUUUGGUGGAUCUAACAGAGGAUUGUAGAAAAGGUAGAAACUAUUUAAAUGGCAUGAAGCAUACUGUUGGUGUUCAGGUGGGCUGUUUACUGCACAUGGGUGUUUUUUCUGCUGCAGAGUUCUGCCAACCAAGCACAUCCAUCCUGAAUCAUCAUCAUUAGGUGGUAGACUCCACUUCAUUUUGAUUUAGACAUUAAAAAUCAAAAGCUGUGAUUCUCACAGUCAUGCAUCCAGAAGAGUUUAUAAAAAGAAGAAAGGCUUCCUCAGACGAAGGGCUGACACAACACGCCCUUUGGACCAAACUAUGCAUUAGAGGACAUUUUAGCAUGAUUUUGCCAUGACUAACUUUCGGUUCAUGUACAUAUUAAUGAGAGCAGAUCGUGGAAGAAUGAAAUGUGAAACUGUGCCUGUAUAUUAAAGCGAUGUGAUAAUAAUUGGAGAUUACCAGAUGUGCAAAUAAAAUGUCUUGAAAGGUG